AUGACGGUCUCACGCAUAAUGCACGGUGUUGCUGUGCUGGUGGCCACUCAGCUUUUCUCAUGGGCGAACGCAGAGGAUGCUGUCCUGCCUGCUGGCGUUAACCCCCCUGAAGACCCACAAGCAGCUAUGACGAGCGACGAACCGGUACAUGAGGUUGCUGAGGACCAAGUAGACAUUAUGAGAGCGAUGAACCACCGCCGCCGAUAUACCGCCCCGUAUGUCUUGCCUCAGCCAUAUCACUAUCGUGUUGCGCCUUACUAUUACCCCCGCUAUCUCGAGGAGCAGACGGCGUCGCAAUUAGAUGAUCCGCAGAUUGUCGAUACUCCUCAGAAAUAUGAUGACACCCAACCGUUGACAAAUGCGAGUGAACUUUCGCCUCACCAUCAUCACCGCUAUGUUCCUGUACCGUAUGGCUACUACUACGCGCCCAUUGGAUACUACGCUUCGCCGUAUCCUGUCAGCCGCCCGUACCCGAGGUAUCUCAAAGGUUUACAUCGCGCUGCUGCCGUUGACAGGAACGCUGCCGCUCUCUCCAAGCGCUCGGCUGCUUCGAAAAAAUUAAGGAGCAUGGGACACCGAAGAUAUGGCUAUUACUACUACGUCUCCAGCAGUCCAUACUACCGCUCGUACUACGGCUACAGGAGCUAUCCUUACGGGUAUGUCCGUUACCUGUAUUAA